CAAUAUAAACGUAUAUGGCGACCCUUCACGCAUUCCUCGCGCUAUCGAUCGAUAAUACGCCACUGUGUAAUAUGGUAGGAAGAUUAAGGUAAUUGGUGGAUAUAACACGUCACGUGAUGGUGGGCUGUGAAUGGGUUGUGAAUGAAAACACUGUCGCUGUACCACUGUACUCUGCACUAUUUCGUUGUAUUGAUUGUCGACAUUUCUUUUCUGGAGCUAAGACAUCCGGCCGACUGUAUUUACUAGAUAGAUGGCGCUGGUUUUACGGCGUUGUUGGCCAGUGUGCUCUCGGGGUGUGACGUCAUAUCCGGGAAGAAUACUUGGAUCUCAAUCUUAUAGCCACACCAGAACGAAAAAUAAUAAACUCUUUAUGAAAUGUACGUCGUCAAGAGGUUUCAGUAAAACGGCGAUAACGUCUUCAGUUGGUAUUUUAAAAAGUAAAUACCCGGAUUUCGACAUUCCAACAAACCUGUCUUUGCCACAGUUCGUAUUAGCCGACUUUGAUAAACGGGGUGAUGCCGUGGCACUGGUAAAUGGUUUCACUGACCGCUCCUACACAUUCAAACAACUUAAAAAUGCCAUUCAUAACAGUGCCAGUGGGCUAUCACGUGAUGGUUUUCGUCAAGGUGACGUAUGUGCAAUAUUUUCACCAAAUAUCCCAGAAUUCUUCAUUGCCUUCAACGCAGUGGCUUCCAUUGGUGCCAUAAAUACAACUGUCAAUCCAUUGUAUACUGUGGAUGAACUGGCAAACCAGCUGAACGAUUCAGAAUCCAAAUGCAUCAUAACCAUACCACAGUUUGCCGACAAAGCCAGAGAAGCUGCUGAGAAGUGUAGUAACAUUAAGGCUAUUUAUGUAUUUGGUACCGAAGCCACUGAUGGUUGUAUACCUUUUACAAAACUGAUGGAGGAUGAUGGAUCGGCGUUUCCUAGCAACAUUAGCAUAAAUCCAAUGGAGGAUUUAGUGGUUUUGCCAUACUCCAGUGGAACUACCGGAGAGCCGAAAGGGGUGAUGCUGUCACAUUAUAAUUUAAUAUCUAACAUUACACAAUUAAGCUACCCUGGCCUCUUCAAAUACAAACCGGACGUCGAUUGCCUGCUGGGACUUCCGCCUUAUUUCCACAUCUAUGGGAUGACUAUGUUACAGAGUGGUUUAUGGCAAGGAGUCAAGCACGUGACUUUGCCGAAGUUUGAACCGGAAGAGUUCCUUAGAAUCAUCCAAGAUUACAAAAUCACAUGCGCACCUAUAGUUCCACCGAUUGUACUAUUCCUCGCCAAGCACCCGUCAGUGGAUAACUAUGACCUGAGCAGUUUAAAAGAGAUACUUAGCGGGGCUGCUCCACUCGGUGCCAAGAUUGUACAUGCUGUGAAGGACAGACUGGAUAACAACGAUCUGAAGUGUAGGCAAGGUUUUGGUCUUACUGAGCUGAGUCCAGUGGUGAAUAUUGGAAAUUUACUUGAAGACUGUCACCCAGGAUCAGUAGGACAAUUAGUACCAAAUACAGAAGCAAAGGUAGUAGAUGUAAAAACCGGAGAGAUUCUAGGGAAGAGACAAAACGGUGAGCUGUGCUACCGUGGACCUCAGAUGAUGAAGGGAUACUUAAAGAACGAGAAAGCAACUGCAGAUACGAUCAAGGACGGAUGGUUGCAUACAGGUGACAUUGGAUUUUAUGAUAAUGAUGGACAGUUCUACGUGGUGGACAGACUCAAGGAGCUUAUCAAAUAUAAAGGGUUCCAGGUGGCGCCAGCUGAAAUAGAGGCAUUGCUUCUAACUCACACCGACAUCAAAGAUGCUUGUGUAAUUGGUAUCCCGGACGAAGAAGCUGGAGAACUCCCCAAAGCCUUUGUUGUUGCCAAUUCGAGUACAGUGAAUCCUAAAGACAUACUUUCAUUUGUCGAGAGCAAAGUGGCACCACACAAGAGACUACGAGGUGGUAUAGAAUUUGUCAAUGAAAUCCCCAAAACAGCCAGUGGAAAAAUACUACGACGAAACCUUAGAGACAUUUAGGUGAAAGUUGAACACAGUUUUAACUGAUUUGAACUUUGACCCUGUGAACAUUUUUAAUUAUGUACAUAGACUGUUCAUAUUUGCAAAAUAACAUUCUAAUUCAUUGCAAUUAUUUAUUACAGUUUAUAGCUUUAUCAAAUAUUAUGUUCUACCAAAGAUCAAAUAUCAAGGAUCGACAUUCUACCAUUAAAAUAGAGAAGGUGGCGGAAUUUCUUCUUUGUGAAUAAGGGGGCCAAUUUAUUCAGUUUGUGAAAGAGAAUAUCGUUUGAAACUAAAAUAGGGUUAUAACCGCCAAAGGUCUCUGUCAAUAUUACGCAAUACAUUUUCACGGGCUAUGCUGGUAAUUUUAAAAUGACAAUCAUUUUUAUUUCAAAAUACUUUUUUAGUAAACUUUGUUUUAA